AUGAAGGCUGUAGUAUUCGACGGGAAAUGCCUUGCUCUCAAAUAUGACGAAAACUAUCCAAUGCCAGAGAUAACAAAUGAUUAUGAUGUAAUUGUCAAAGUUGAAUAUUCUGGAGUCUGUGGUACUGAUCUUCAUAUUAUACAGGGCGAAUUUCCGGCAUCGAAGGAGCGACCUCUGCCCUUAGGGCACGAGUUCAGUGGUAUUGUCCAUGAAGUGGGAAAGAAAUCGAUAUUCAAGGUUGGACAGAAGGUCGUUGUUGAUCCAAAUAGCGCCUGCAACCUCUGCAACUUCUGCCGCGAUGGUAAAUACCAGUACUGUUUAACUGCUGGAAUUAACAGCACCAUUGGCAUUUGGAAGGAUGGAGGCUGGGCCCAGUAUGUCAGGUGUCCACAGGACCAGGUAUAUUUGUUACCUGAUGGAAUAACUACAGAGCAGGCGGGUCUGUGCGAACCAUACUCGUGUGUUUCACAUGGCUUUGACCGAGCUGCGCCAAUUCCUGUCGGUACCAAGAUACUUGUUGUCGGAGCUGGUAUUAUUGGUAAUUUAUGGUUGACGACUCUUCAUCUUCAAGGCCACAAAGAUGUGACUGUUUCGGAAAUGAACAAAACUAGACUCGACAUUGUAAAGAAACUGGAGACUGGCUACAGAUUAAUAACUCCAGAUGUCCUGGCUUCGGAGAAGUUGCUGUAUGACGUCAUCAUUGAUUGUACCGGUAUAUAA